UAAAUCACCGUUUCUUCCCUCUCUCUCUCUCUCUCUCUCUCUCUCUCUCUCUCUGUGAAUUUUGUUCAUUUCACAGAACAGUUAGGUUUCUUUUGCUUUACUCACAAACCAAAAGCAUAACUUCACUUCAUUUCACUGGCUAAGGUGUAGUUUAGCUGUAACAUUAAUAAUACAUUCAGCUGGAAAAAUUUGGUCCCCUUCAUGUGCCUAUUGGUACUCAACUGGCCACUGAUUUUCCUUUUUUUUACUCUGCUAUGCAAAUUUUAAUGCACUUGAAUAUGGUGGUUUGUCAUUGAAUUGAAGUGAAGAGAUCUUUUAUUGUAUCAGUUGCGUGCAUUGUUGGAAAAAACUGAAUUAGAGAGAUGGCUAUUGCUGGUGUGCAUAGUGUGGCUGUGAUUGACUCUACACUUCUUAGGGAGUCUCAUUCUCAGUUAUCAGGUAGGCGAGGGGAUGGAGGAGGGAGGGGAGGUGCCCGUUCAUCUUCCCUCUUGCAAAUGUGGCGAGAAAUCGAGGAUGAACACAUGGCGGGUCAAGUUCAGGGGAGGUCUGGGGAGUUGUUAAUUAGGCAGAGGAGUGAUGGAUUGAUCUCGGACCUGUCGCAGGAAGAUGCCUCUCGGAGAGGAGAAGGUGAAGGGCAUAUGAUAGAAGAUGCAAUUUCGGGUGAGAAUGAAUCAGAAACAUGGUCACAGUCACAAAGUCAGAAUGAUUCUCGUGACGAUGAACACGAAGGUUUAGGCAAUUCUAAUUGUGAGAGCUCUUCAGAUCUUGGAGAAGUUGAAAGGGAAAGAGUGAGGCAAAUUUUCAGGGAAUGGAUGAAUAGUGGUGCUGGGGAUCAUCGUGCAUCAAAUGUUCCCAGAGGAAGUGGUGGUUCAAGGAGACAGUGGCUUGGGGAAACUGAGCAGGAGAGGGUGAGUAUCAUUAGGGAGUGGGUACAGAUGAGUAGCCAGCAGAGAGUUGUGUCUUCUAGUGAAAACAGGGAAGACCAAUCUUCGGAGAUCGGUAACCAAAUUGAACGUGUUCGGGAUGGAUUCGUUGUUAAUCAGCAUGAGGGCCAAUCUGAGCAUACACGGAGGGGAAUCCGUAGAUUGCGUGGCCGGCAGGUUCUGCUUGAUAUGCUCAAGAAGGCUGAGGUGGAAAGGCAAAGAGAAGUUCAGGAGUUGUUUGAACACCGGGCAGUAUCCCGUUUCCCCCACCGCAAUCGCAUUCAGGCAUUGCUUAGAGGCAGGUUCUUGAGAAAUGAUAGAUCAACUGAUAAUAACAGGUCCACUUCCAUUGCGGAAAGUGAAUUAGGUUUAUUGAGGCAAAAACAGACUGUAUCAGGUCUAAGGGAAGGAUUCUUUUCCAGAAAGGACAAUUCUGGUUGCAGUCAAGCAACAAGCAACCUUUCUGAUGCCUCAUCUGACACUGAUGGUGAUGUUAACGCAAUUGAACAUGCUGGAGCCAGCAGUUCACAAACUGUCCCAUCUGUACAUGCUAAAAAGUCGGAGUCUAAUAACGGUGGAAGUGAUGAAAUUGGCAUAUCUGGCAGGGAAAACUGUUUUCAACAAUCUACUUGUGAGAAUCUAGACUGUCAAGAUUCUGGUGCUUAUGCUAAUGAAAUUGAUCAGGCAUUGGCCUCAAGUGUUGAGGUUGAAGGCAGCGAUAGCAUUGGACAAAAUGUUGUUAUGGAUACUGAAGAUGCUUCUAGUGGCCUCACCCAACAAAGGUUGCAAAUUGAAGGUACAAAUCCUAGCAAUAUGCAGGUAAAUGAGGUACAUAUUGAGCAAUCUGAGCUGGGUGGUAUAACUGAUAAUGAAAGCUACUUAUCACAUCACAGCAAUAGUAUAGAGGGCAAUAUUGCUGCUGAUGUGGAUUGGGAUGUUUCUGUUGCUCCAGAAGUAGAGCAACCAGAAGAGGCUAUUUCUGAAAAUGAAGGAAGUGACUGGCAUCAAACUAGCAUUGAAUGGAGUAGCACUGAGGAUGGUGUUGACAAUAAUCAACUCGGUGGCUCAUCAAAUGAACUACCUCAAAACACAUUCGGAAAUGAAGAUGGAGAAAAUUCUCGCCUACAAGAAGGGCCUGAAGUGUGGCAGGAGGACAGCGGCUUUCAAGAGGCUGUAGAAAUUUGGUUGGGAGGACCUUCUGAUCAUGAAGCAGCUCCAGUUGGUAGAAUUCAUGGAUUUUAUUUUCCCGAAGAUGACAAUGUGUACAGCGUCGAACUCAGGGAACUGCUAAGUAGGAGAAGUGUCUCAAACCUCCUUCGCAGCAGUUUUCGUGAAAGCCUUGAUCAGUUGAUACAAUCAUACGUUGAAAGGCAGAGUCAUGCUAACGUUGAGUGGGAGCUGCAAGAAACAACCACCCCUUUCUCUCCCUCGGCAGCACAGGAGCUUGAGCAACAGAACAGGGAUCCGAUUGUUGGUACUCAGGAUGCUGUUAAUAGCUCACUUGGUCGUCAACCCUUGCCGCCGCCACCUCCGCCACCGCCGAUAUGGGAUCACCGCCGCUCACGUCAUGACAGAUGGUCACCUCAUGAUAUAAAUAAUCAACGCCUAGGAAUGGAAUGGGAUGUCAUUAAUGACUUGAGAGUUGACAUGGUUAGGCUACAGCAAAGAAUGAACAAUAUGCAGAGAAUGCUGGAGACCUGCAUGGAUAUGCAGCUUGAGUUGCAACGCUCAAUAAGACAAGAGGUUUCUGCGGCCCUAAAUCGCUCAACUGGUUCAUCAGGAACACGUGACCAUGAUUCACCAGAUGAUAAAUCCAAAUGGGAAUGCGUGAGGAAAGGGGUUUGCUGCAUUUGCUGCGAAAACAAUAUUGAUUCUCUCUUGUACAGAUGUGGGCACAUGUGCACAUGUUCUAACUGUGCUAAUGAUUUGCACCGAAGUGGAAGGAAGUGUCCAAUGUGUCAAGCACCAGUUGUUGAAGUAAUUCGUGCUUAUUCCAUACUAUAGUUUAGACAUUAAAAAGGGGUUACAUAUAGCCAAAAUUACAGAAUCUGCACAAGUUUUUAUUUCCUGGAGAUUUCCAGGUACCUUAUUUUUAAGUUGAUGUCCUUCUCCGUCCUUUUGCUUCUUGAUGUGAUUACCUGUAUUUAUGUCAACUUGUUAAGUGCAACAAUGGAACAGUUGAUGGCAAUUUUUUGAGGGCCAUGUUUCUGAAAUAAAUAAAGUAAAUAUCGGUUUUGAUUUUGA